UGCCACACUUGGAUGUAAUUCAUCUGUGCUAUAUAAAAAACCCUUUGAAACGUCUAGCAUAUCAGUUUUGAUCCUGGAUCAGAUCAACAUGAAAGCAGACGUCCUUCUAUUAUGGCUCUUCUUUUGGUUCCACGACGUUAUGGCUCAAAAGGGUCUCCAAUGCUUCGUACCAGGUGAAUGCUUGGACUCCCAAAUUUUGGGAGCCACACCCACCAAUAGUUCGCGAGAAUGUUGGCGUCAUUGCCAAUCCGUAACUGGCUGCACAUGGUUCACGUUCUACAAGGAUUCCCAGGUCUGUACGCCUUUGUCCGGAUGCUUGAGAUUGUCCAAUGAGAAGUGCCAAGAGAAUUGCAUCAGUGGUGAAGAGGAAUGCCCCGAGGUUCAAUGCGGAGUCCAUGGUAGAUGUUAUGGAGCACUGGAAGGCAUCAGGAAAGUGGCCAAUGCCAAAGAAUGUGCCUCCAUGUGCGGACAACGCGACGAGUGCUUUUGGAACACGUAUGAUCCGGAGCAUGAAUCCUGCCUGAUGACCAACGACUGUCCUCUCUUGGAUCGAACUUGCUCUAAUUGUUCAAGUUCGGAACGAGAUUGUACCGCUGAGAUGGAUGCCAACAUAAAUACUUCAAUUGAGGAUGAUCCAAAAGGAACAUCGGGUUUGUUAAUGGGGACAUGUCUCAGCCUAAAGCAACAUUACUUCAACUUAGAUUCCAAUACGACGGGGAAAUGUAAAUUGCCAACAUUUGCAGUGAACACAAUAGUUCAGGUAAGAUUAUCUGGAGCGUUAUUUGUCAACACAUUCAACAACCGAGUGAAGGUGGAUCACAACGAUAUUGAGGACAAGAUCAGGAGAAUGUACGAUGCUGAGUUUGAAGAGUCCUCGCUAGACAGUCGCGGCCCAUCGUUGGAGGACACUCGUUGGCUGAAUAAGGUGGAGAAUUCAAUUCGUGUGGAUGAAGAUGGGCACUACGAGAUUGCCUUACCCUUUCAGGGCGAUGUGUGCGGAAACCCAGUUGGGUAUCGCCUGCAGGUUCAUGUGUUCGGAGCAGUGUCCUCCCCUAGUUGCGCCAAGUUUGCUCUACGCCGAGCAGCAACCGAUUCCGAGGAUGCCAUAAGCGAGCAAGCAGCUACGACCAUUCCAGAAGGAUUCUAUGUUGACGAUCUUGUCGUGUAA